UAUGAAGCAUCGGCAUACGCAGUCCAAGGCGAAUGGGAGUGCCAAUGGAACGGCAGGUGGAUUGGGUGGUGAGAAGAGGGAGUAUACGGUGGAGCAGGAGUCGGUGGUCAAGCGAGUGCGGUCAUGUAAAUUGACGGAAUAUUAUGAGAUUUUGGCCGUCAAGAAAGACUGCGAGGAGGCGGAGAUUAAGAAGGCCUAUCGCAAGUUAGCGUUGGCCUUGCAUCCCGAUAAAAACGGUGCGCCAGGUGCUGACGAGGCUUUCAAAGUGGUCUCCAAAGCCUUUCAAGUGCUCUCAGAUCCUCAAAAACGGGCAGUGUAUGAUAGCGGUUCUGACCCAGAGAACAGAUUCAGUGGAAUGUCGUCGUCGUCGUCUCCAUUCUCUGCGAGUUCGUUCGGGAAUGGUGCCAGAUUCGAUGGGGAACUCAGUCCAGAGGAUCUAUUUAACAUGUUCUUUGGCGGUGGUGGCGGCGGAGGCACUCCAUUUGGGCCCGGCUUUGCAGCGAACUUUGGAGGUGGCCCAGCUGUCUUCACUUUUGGUGGCAAUGGGUUUCGAACACAAACGUUUACACGCCGUCCUGGUGGUGGUGGUGGCGGCGGCAAUGCAGAGGUCGAACCUCGCUCCCUCCUUGUCCAACUUCUACCCUUACUCCUCUUGUUCGCCUUCUCCUUCCUAUCCUCCCUCCCCAGUUUAUUUUCAACACCACCGGCACCCGACCCCCGGUUUGCUUUCAUGGCCACCUCGAAGUAUAGCACCGAAAUGGAGACGGGAGGCUUGGGCGUCCACUACUUCGUAAACCAAGCGGAACUCUCCAAUCAUCCUGUCAUUGGUGCGGAAUUAGCCAAAGAGGGGGUCAAAGUUGGGCGAGUGGUCGAGGAGCCUAUAACCAAAGAUGAAGGAAAAGCAGACGGACAACAGCCUUUGGGCUCCAAACCUCAGACACGAACAGUGGUUCGGGGAAAGGGCAAGCAACGCGGGCCAGCUCUCACGAAGUUCGAAGACUCAGUCGACCGGGUCUACACACAAGACCUGUACGCGCAAUGUCAGCGUGGCGUGGACCGAAAAGAACGAGCGAAGGAAGCAGAGAUGGGUAUAUUCGGUAUCGGGACUGACUGGGAGAAGGUUUGCUUCGCCGAUAGGGACAACUUCCACAUGUA